CGACAUGUUGAUGGGAAUAUACCUCUUCAUAAUCGCCAUAGAAGACGCGAGGUUUCGCGAUAACUACAAAGAAGAAGCCAGUACAUGGAUGUCCUCAUGGCCCUGCACGCUCUUAGGUGCGCUGGCGAUGACAUCAUCCGAGGUUUCCGUGCUCAUCCUGUCAUUUAUGUCCGUGGAGCGAUUUAUUCUGAUCGCAGCACCUUUGAAGUGUCAUCGCGCCAUGACAUCUCAAGCUGCAUCCUCAUCGAUGAUCGUCAUCUGGAUCAUCGGACUUAUCAUCGCUCUUGUGCCAG